CGUCCCCGGGCGUUGGAGCGCAGCGACAGCCACGCCGCGGGGACAGACGAGCGCGCCGCGGGACCUGCCGUGGCCAUGGUCGAGCCCGCCACUCGCUGCUGCUGCCUGGGUUGGGACUUCAGCACACAGCAGGUGAAAGUUGUUGCUGUUGAUGCAGAGCUGAAUAUCUUUUAUGAGGACAGUGUGCAUUUUGACAGAGACUUUCCGGAAUUUGGCACUCAGGGUGGAGUUCAUGUUCAUGAGGAUGGUCUGACAGUGACGUCUCCAGUCCUGAUGUGGGUCCAGGCUCUGGAUGUCAUCUUGGAGAAGAUGAAGGCUUCAGGCUUCGACUUCUCUCAAGUCCUCGCCUUGUCUGGGGCAGGCCAGCAACAUGGAAGUGUGUGCUGGAAAGCGGGGGCCAGCCGGGUGCUGACGAGCCUGUCACCAGAUCUCCCAUUACACGAGCAGCUUCAGGCCUGUUUCUCCAUCAGCGACUGCCCUGUGUGGAUGGACUCCAGCACCACAGCCCAGUGCCGCCAGCUGGAGGCUGCCGUGGGUGGGGCCCAGUCUCUCAGCUGCAUCACCGGGUCCCGUGCCUAUGAGCGAUUUACAGGAAACCAAAUUGCCAAGAUUUACCAGCAGAACCCCAAGGCCUACUCACGCACGGAGAGAAUUUCCUUGGUCAGUAGUUUUGCUGCUUCUCUCUUCCUUGGGUCUUACUCUCCUAUUGACUACAGUGAUGGUUCUGGAAUGAAUCUGUUGCAGAUCCAGGACAAAGUCUGGUCACAGGCUUGCCUUGGUGCCUGUGCACCGCAUUUAGAGGAGAAGCUUGGCCCACCGGUACCGUCGUGCUCAGUUGUGGGAACCAUUUCUUCCUACUAUGUCCAGCGCUAUGGAUUUCCUCCAGGAUGCAAAGUGGUGGCCUUCACCGGGGACAACCCAGCGUCACUGGCAGGCAUGAGGCUGGAGGAAGGUGACAUUGCGGUCAGCCUGGGCACCAGUGACACCCUAUUUCUCUGGCUCAAGGAGCCCACGCCCGCCCUGGAAGGCCACAUCUUCUGCAACCCAGUUGACCCCCAGCACUACAUGGCACUUCUAUGCUUUAAAAAUGGCUCCCUCAUGAGAGAGAAGAUCCGUGAUGAGUCUGCUUCCUGUUCCUGGAGCGAGUUCUCUACGGCGCUACGGUCCAGCGAGAUGGGUAACGGCGGAAACCUGGGUUUCUAUUUUGAUGUAAUGGAGAUCACCCCUGAAAUUAUUGGGCGUCAUAGGUUCAGUGCAGAAAACCAUGAGGUCUCAGCAUUCCCUAAGGACGUGGAGAUCCGAGCACUGAUUGAAGGACAGUUCAUGGCCAAGAGGAUUCAUGCCGAGCGCCUGGGCUAUCGAGUCAUGCCCAAGACAAAGAUUUUGGCCACUGGAGGGGCAUCUCACAACAGCGACAUCUUGCAGGUGCUUGCGGAUGUGUUUGGUGCCCCGGUGUAUGUCAUAGACACUGCCAACUCAGCCUGUGUGGGCUGUGCGUACAGAGCUUUCCACGGCCUUGCAGCUGGGACGGACGUGCCCUUUUCAGAGGUUGUGAAGUUAUCCCCAAAUCCCAGAUUAGCUGCAACCCCAACCGCAGGAGCUUCUCAGGUCUACGCUGCGCUCCUCCCAAGGUAUGCCCAGCUUGAGCAGAGAAUCCUGUCCCUGCCCCGGGGGCCUCUGGAGUGAAUUCUGCAGGCCCAGGAGCCCCUGUGGACCCUGCCUGCCCAGACUUGCUGGUCCCACCUGGAGACGCGGCCCUGGACAGCGGGGAGCCUCUUCCCUUCCGCAGUGGCUCUGCCUGCUCCCUGAUUCCUGCUGUGCUGCCCAGGACCUCUCUGAAAGUACAUCUUGCUGAACAUAAA